AUGUUGAAGUCAAUAACUUUAAUGGCUCUGUUCUCAGUAAGUAUGGCUGAGAAACACUAUCAUCAUGCCAGCAAGACUCACGAGCAUGGACACAAAAAUAAAACUUUGGUACCUACUUUGAAUGUCCUUGAUACCUAGCCAUUACCCUCUACAGUUGAUGACGCUAAGCCUAAGCAAGAUAGCUAAACUCCAAGUCAGUCUUCCAACUAAUUCCUCGCAAAUGAUGUCAAAUCAUGGUUUGAUUAGAGAAAAGAUUCUUGCCCUGGAAUAGUCAAAUGCUAAGAUUGCGCCUUCAGUGAGUGCUCAUGUGGUGAACCUAAAAGCACUUGCCCAUCUGGCUCCCUUGAAGCAAAUGAAUAGUGCUUUAAAAACAACUUUGAAGCCUACAACUAAAGAGCAUUCAAUCUUGGAGAGGGUGAAUACAAUUUCACUGCAUCUGAUGGUUGUCUCACAGCUGUUAAUAUAGCAUUUGAUCUCCUACCAGGUUAGACUGAGGGUUUAUAGUUCAUAAACAAGCUAGAUAAAAAUAUAGACAUGAAAAUUGAUGUCCCUGAAUUGAAAACACUCAAGCUAUUCGAACUAACAUAAGGUACAGCAAAUGACAUUUCAACAUAUAAAUUGACUUAAUUAGACGACAAGGUGAUUAAACUUAACUUAAAGCCAGAUGAAUCAAAGUCAUACUAUCUCUACGAUUGUGAUAAAUCGAGAACUGAGACAACUACCUUAAAGCUAAAGGCUGAAAGAAAGUUUGGAAUUAUAGGGCUUCAAGCUAUGGCUGGAAUCUUCCUCACAGUUGUUGCAUUAUUUACAAGUAUGGCUUGA